AUGCCAUUUCCGGCCACCGCUAGCUCCGCCUGUUCCUCCUCGCCUCCUACUAGUUUCUUCGUCGCUCUCCCCUUCUUCUUCCCCCCUCCGAUCAUCCAAUGGUCGCAGAAGAGUAGAAUAAAGCAUCAAUCGAACGAACAAAUAAGCCCAAUCAGUCUACGCAGCAGUGGGUGCAACAUGGCUGGAUCCUACGCAGCUACGGCGCUGGCGGGGGUAAUCCACGCGCCGGCCAUCGCCGGCGGGCCGAGGCCGCUGCGGUGGGCGCCACCCCCGACGCGCUUCGGCGCCGGUCGCCGCCUGCACGCGGCCGUGUCCUCCCGGCACCGCCGGCGUGUGGUCGCCGCUUCCUCCCAGAAUGGUGGGAGGUUUGGCCUGGGCUCUAACUCUGAACUCCAGGUUACCGUGAAGCCCGCGGGCUCGGCGGUGGAGGUCGAGCUGGUUGCGACCAACGCCGGCGGCGCGCUCGCGCUGCACUGGGGCGCCCUGCAGCAGGGGAGAAGGGAAUGGGUGCUGCCGGCCCGGAGGCCGGAGGGGACAAGGGCGGUCGACGACGCCGCCCUCAGGACUCCCUUCAAAAGCUCUGGUUCCAAUUCUACACUGAAAAUCGAGAUAGACGAUCCAGCUCUCCAAUCAAUCGAGUUUGUUCUCGUCGAUGAGGCACAGAACAAAUGGUUCAAAAAUAACGGCGAGAACUUCCUAAUCCAUAUACGACCAGGCCACCAUCAGGCACAGCAUUCUGCUCCUGCAGCAACAAACCAAAACUUCUCAUCUGAAAGGGUCACACGCAAAAACAGAGAUGUCAUGCAACUCCUCAGUAAACACACAUCCAGUUCCACCGACGUAAAUAAGGCACCAGAAGCUACUCCAGAUCGGAAUCCCACGGUUCUUGAUCUCUUCCUGAAGUCACUACAAGAGAAGAAUGGUUGCCAAGUCCUCUGCAAAAAGGUCUUCAAACUGGGCGAAAAGGAGAUCAUGGCAUCGAUGUCAGAAGUACAAGGAAAGUUCAAAGUUCACUUGGCCACAAAUCACGCCGAGCCACUUAUUCUCCACUGGGCACUGGCAAAGAAGGCUGGAGAGUGGAAGGCACCUCCUCCAGGCGUGCCACCUGCUGGUUCGACAUUGCUUGAACUGGCAUGUGAGAGUUCAUUCUCUGAUGCUGAACUAGAUGGUUUGCAUUACCAGGUUCUGGAGAUAGAGCUUGAUGCCGACAGCUAUAAGGGGAUGCCUUUUGUCCUCCGGUCUAAUCAAACAUGGAUAAAGAACAAUACCUCUGACUUUUACCUUGAUUUUAGCAGGAGAGCUGCCAAGACUUCAGAGCAGAAGGAUAGUAGUGAUGCUGGUAAAGGGACUGCAAAGGCUUUGCUAGAAACAAUAGCCGAUCUAGAGGGAGAGGCCCAAAAAUCUUUUAUGCAUAGAUUCAAUAUAGCAUCCGACCUAGUUGAACAAGCAAAAGAUGUGGGACAAUUGGGUCUUGCUGGACUACUGGUUUGGAUGAGAUUCAUGGCCACGAGGCAACUUAUCUGGAACAAGAAUUAUAAUGUGAAGCCACGUGAGAUUAGCCAAGCACAAGAUAGGUUCACAGACAAUCUUGAAAGUCUCUACAGAACGUAUCCACAGUACAGGGAGAUGCUAAGAAUGAUAUUGGCCGCAGUAGGUCGUGGAGGUCAGGGUGAUGUCGGUCAACGUAUUCGUGAUGAGAUUUUAGUAAUACAGAGAAACAAUAACUGCAUGGGUGGAAUGAUGGAAGAAUGGCAUCAAAAACUACACAACAAUACAAGCCCAGACGAUGUGGUGAUUUGCCAGGCACUGAUGGACUAUAUGAACAGUGACCUUGACAUCAAAGUUUAUUGGGAUACUUUAAACAAAAAUGGCAUAACAAAGGAAAGAUUAGCAAGCUACGACCACCCUAUUCACUCAGAGCCAAAUUUAACGAGGGACCAGAAGGAGGGUCUACUACGCGACUUAACAAACUACAUGAGAAGCCUCAAGGCUGUUCACUCCGGUGCUGAUCUAGAAUCUGCUAUAGGAACCUGUACAGGGUACACGUCAGAGAGUCAGGGUUUCAUGGUCGGUGUCGAAGUGAAUCCUGUGAAGGGAUUACCAUCUGGAUUUUCUGAAUUGCUUAAGUUUGUCCUUGAGCACAUUGAGGAUAAAUCAGUGGAAUCGCUUGUUGAGGGUCUCUUGGAGGCAAGAGCUGCGCUUCGCCCUUUGCUCCUUGGCUCAACGGAUCGCUUGAAGGAUCUCAUAUUUUUGGACAUUGCUCUUGAUUCUACUGUUAGGACAGCAGUUGAAAGGUCAUAUGAAAAUCUGAACAAUGCAUCACCUGAGAAACUCAUGUACUUCAUCGGUCUAGUUGUUGAAAAUGUUGCGUUGUCCACCGAUGACAAUGAGGAUCUCCUAUACUGCUUAAAGGGAUGGAACCAUGCACUUGAAAUGUCAAACAAAUCUGAUAAUCAGUGGGCAUUGUAUGCAAAAGCAUUUCUAGACAGAACUAGACUUGCACUUGCAACCAAGGGAGAAGAAUACCAUAAUAUUCUUCAGCCUUCAGCAGAAUACCUUGGUUCGUUACUUGGAAUUGAGAAAUGGACACUUGACAUAUUUACGGAGGAAAUUAUCCGUAGUGGAUCAGCCGCUUCAUUGUCAUUACUCCUCAAUCGUCUUGACCCUGUUCUUAGGAACGUUGCAAACCUAGGAAGUUGGCAGAUCAUAAGCCCAGUUGAAGUAGCGGGGUAUGUGGUUGCCGUAGACCAAUUGCUCACUGUUCAAGACCAAUCUUAUGACAAGCCCACAGUUUUGGUGGUAAAAGGUGUCAAGGGAGAAGAGGAAAUACCUGACGGUGUUGUCGCCGUCCUUACUCCAGAUAUGCCCGAUGUAUUGUCCCAUGUCUCAGUUCGAGCAAGGAAUAGCAAGGUAUUGUUUGCCACAUGCUUUGACCCAAAUAUCUUCUCUGAACUGCAACAAAAUGAAGGCAAGGUACUUUCACUAAAGCCAGGUUCUGUAGAUAUAAACUACAGAGAGAUUGCAGAGAAUGAACUUCUAGUUUCAAGUUCCCCUGAUACAGCAGAUGGCCAAUCAGCACCAUCUCUGUCACUAGUGAAGAAGCAAUUUGUUGGAAAGUAUGCAAUAUCUGCUGAUGAAUUCUCUGAUGAAAAGGUCGGAGCUAAAUCUCGGAAUAUAGCUUACCUCAACGGAAAGGUGCCAUCAUGGGUCAGUGUCCCAACGUCAGUUGCACUCCCAUUUGGAACGUUCGAAACAGUUUUGUCUGAUACGACUAACAAGGAAGUAGCCCAAAAGGUACAGAUCCUAACGGACAAGCUCAAUCAAGGAGAAUUUGGUGCUCUUAAUGAAAUCCGAAAUGUUCUGCUGAACCUAACAGCUCCUACUGAUCUGGUGAAGGAACUCAAGGAGAAGAUGCAAGGUUCUGGAAUGCCAUGGCCUGGAGAUGAAGGUGAACAGCGUUGGGAACAAGCAUGGAUGGCAAUCAAAAAGGUGUGGGCCUCAAAAUGGAAUGAAAGAGCGUACUUCAGCACCCGGAAAGUGAAGCUUGAUCAUGCCAACCUUUGCAUGUCGGUUCUUGUGCAAGAAGUUGUGAGUGCAGACUACGCCUUCGUGAUACAUACUACCAACCCAUCAUCUGGAGAGUCUUCAGAGAUAUACGCUGAAGUUGUUAAAGGGCUUGGGGAGACCCUUGUGGGAGCCUUUCCUGGUCGUGCAAUGAGCUUCGUCUGCAAGAAGGAUAAUCUUGACUCUCCCAGGGUAUUGGGAUAUCCAAGCAAGCCAAUUGGCCUCUUCAUAAAGAAGUCGGUCAUCUUCCGUUCUGACUCAAAUGGUGAGGACUUGGAAGGCUAUGCUGGGGCUGGACUCUAUGACAGUGUGCCUAUGGACAAGGAAGAAGAAGUGAUUCUUGACUACACAAAUGAUCCCCUCAUUACAGAUUGCAGUUUCCGUAACUCAAUACUCUCAAACAUUGCUCGUGCUGGUCAUGCUAUUGAGGAGCUAUAUGGGUCUCCACAGGAUAUUGAAGGAGUGGUGAAGGAUGGAAAGAUCUACGUUGUGCAGACACGGCCACAAAUGUGA